AUGGAACUUGGGUCGAAGUCGUUCUAUGGUCGGAGAAGACACGACGUCGUUAUUGAUGAUAUACCUUCAGACGAUGAAUCCGGAGAAUCUACCACGGAUGACGAAACAGAGAUAGAAGGAGGUGAUGCGGAACCAUCUGAGUCGGAAAGCUUGCAGGACUCCGACGAUGACCUCAUGGCGUGCACCACACCAACAAGUUCAUCGGCGAAGCGUUGGGUAAAAAAAGACUACAGGCCACAACUAAACGCAUGUGCUGAAGCAUAUGGCGUGCAAGACAGCUCGAAAAUUGAGGCUCAAGAUAAGCGGCCGGCGGACGUCUUCCUGGAAUUAGUUCCUGAAGACUUCGUUGAGGACAUUGUCUUUCAGACGAACAUUUACGCAACGCAGACGGGGAAAGCUUUUUCCCCAACUAAUAAAGAAGAGAUGAAAACAUUCCUGGCCAUCAACAUGCUUAUGGGCAUAAAGAAGCUACCAAGCUACAGGGACUUCUGGUCAAACCGCGAAUGCCUGAGAGACCCUUUUGUCUCACGGCAGAUAUCUAUGCGUCGGUUCGGGGCACUCUUGACGAGCAUCCACCUCAACGACAAUGCCGUUGCUCCAAACCGUGGAUCCCCGGGCUUCGACAAGCUCUACAAGGUGCGUCCACUGCUUGAUAAACUGGCGCAAACGUUUUUCACGAAUUAUUCCCUCUUCCGAAACCGGAGUAUCGACAAAUUCAUGAUUCGUUGCAAAGGGAGGUCUGCGCAGAAGCAAUAUAUGCCCAUAAAGCCCAUCAAGCGUGGCUAG